AUGCCUUGGUCAUCGUCUACCAGUAUAUCUAUCAAGAUAAGCAUUUCAACUUCAACAUCUGAUUAUAUGGAUGAUGAUGAUAUAUAUUCUGUAGAUCCUCCUGUUACUACUGAAGACCUAUAUGAUUUAGUUAAAGCUGCAAGUUAUCUUUUUCUUCAAAGAUAUUGGGAAACUCUUAAAGAAAUUAGGCUUAUAGCAUUAUUUUUGGAUCCAAGAAUUAAGCAUUUGAAGUUUUUUAUUGAGCUUGACAAGUCACCUAUUAUGUCAACUCUCGAACUCACAACAACUAAUGACUUAAUUGCAGCUUUAUAUAGUAGUAAAGAACCUAAUAAUGAAAUUCUUAAUAAAACUGAAGUUGACUGUUACUUUCGUGAACUUGCUGAGAAAAUAGGCUGUAAUCCACUAGCAUGGUAG